AGACAUGAAAAUAAAGGAGCCGACUAAUGGCAAGAAUAAAUUGUGAUGAUAUAUAAAAUAUAAUAUAGGCAUCAUAUGGAAUAAUAUUUGCACAAACGGGAUAAACGAGAAAAUUGUGGAUUCUCAUUUAAAAUUUAUGCAGUUUCAUUGAUUAUUGUAUUGUGUACAUAAAUGUGAGUGCCGAUAUGUGUUUCUGGAAUAAAAAUCAUGAAAAAUAAUUCAAUUUAGAGCAAUUUUUAUUGUCAUAAAUAGAGAAGUGAAUAAUAAAAAAAUUAAAGAAAAGAGAAUAAAAAAAUUUGUAGAGAUUGUGUAGCUGUGCCAGUAAAUACAAAAAAAGGAAAGAAAAAAUUGUCGGCACAAGAGUAAUAAAUAAAAUCAAAUAGUAAAUAGAAGAAAAUUAUGUUAUUAGAUAAAAAUUUAUUAGAUAAUCAAGUGACAACGUGACCUUAACGUUCGCGAUGGCACCAUCAAUGUUUAAUUGUUUCGUGAUCGGUUAUCGUACAUCAUCGAAACCUAUUCUCAAUGGAUUACUCAAAUUAUGGAUAAAAGUUCUAUUUAUUACGUUAAUUUUUGCGCUUGUGCAAACUUCAACACCAGCAUCAUCAAUACAACAGCAGUCGAUACAGAAGAGAGCAGGACUUCCAUUAGUGCCCACAGAUUCAACUGAUGAUCAUUGUAACAAGACAGUGGACAUUUAUGUAGAUAUUCAAUCACCACCACUAACACGUUUAAAUCGUUUCCGACCACUCACAUGUUGGUAUCGUUUCAAAAGCAUCCGCGGAGUUCCAAAAGAGUGGGUGCUUAGACUGACAUUUAAAAAAUUUAAAGUUGGAACACUUGUAAAUUCGACUUACUGCGAUGGUGGAUAUUUACAGAUAGUAGAUGGAAAUUCUAAAACAGAUGUCUCAAAUCGCCGCGAGCCAGGAAUGUUUUGUGGUGAAGCAGAGCAGCCACAAACAUUUAUUAGCGAAACAAGCUAUGUUAAAGUAGUUUUUCACACCGACAAUUUUACCGACCAGACUUAUUUUGCAUUCGACUCGAGAGCUGAAACAGAAGUCUAUUUACGUUACGGUCAACAUCCUGAAUUAUAUCCAAACAGACGUGGAGAAAUUGUUCAAGGCUCGUAUUGUGAACGAGAAUUUCGUGAUUGUCGAUUGCAGACGUGCUACGUGCAAUCGCCAGCAUUUCCUGGAAUAUAUCCGCGUGCAUUAAAGUGUCGCUAUCGCUUACAUACGCGGCAGCCAUUUAUCAAGCUUUAUUUGCAGAAUGAGCAGUUUGCUGUCGAUGGCCAAAGGUGUGAAAAUCUGAUUACUUGUCCAAUGAAAGAAAUUGGAUCAGGCCCAGAGCAAUGUCCAUAUGAUUGGUUAGCAGUUCACGACGGACGUGAUGAAAACGCUCCAGUUAUUGGGCAGUUUUGUGGAAUGGGAAAAUUUCCAUUUAGUAUUAUCGGAACAUCACAACAUAUGUACGUAGAAUUUGUAUCAUCACCAGCUGGUCCAUUAUUGAAUACAGGAUUUCAUUUUAAUGUUGGAAAUUGGCCAGGAUAUGUAGAGCCUGCUGGAAUAAAAAAUGGUGAAUGCGAUUGGCUCCUUAGCUCAAAUGCCUUGAAACUUACAAGUGCCUCCGAGGGAAUAUUUUUGAGUGUUGCUCAUUGGUAUCCACCAAAUACAUCAUGCAACUAUCAUAUUCAAGGCGUCGAAAAUGAAAUUGUGCGACUUUAUUUUCCAAGUUUCCGCAUAAAUCGUAUAGAAGCGCCAAUAGUAAAAGCUGAAGGAGACUGUGCAGAAUCAUUGACAAUUUAUGAUGCAGAAUAUCCAGAUCCAUCACGAGUUAUUAAGACAUUCUGCGAUACAUUUUCCAAGCCAAUGGAGAAGGUUGACUUUGUUAGUACCGGACGUUCAAUGUUUGUUAAAUUUGUGAGUCGUACAGGAUCAUACAGUGGAAGUUCAUUGUAUUAUUGGGGUCAUUAUGAUUUCUUCAAUAACACAAAGUUUGGUUCAGGCGUUCCAAAUACAUUAUGUGAUGAAAUAUUUUACGCAUGGGAACAUCCCCAUGGUAUUUUACGAUCACCAUUAAAUACUCUUAUUUACAAGCGAGUUGCGUCUACAAGUGAUGUACGAUGCCAGUAUAAGUUUGUUAACGACAAAAGAGCUUUUGCACGUGUUGUAAUUGAAAUGAUAUCAAUUUCCUUUAAAGAAUCUCCUUACACAGUUUCACCAUGCACCAGAUGCCACGAAGAACGUGUUGAUAAGAUAAUAAUAUGGGAAGAGAAGAAUAAGACUCAACACCGUUUGGCAUGCUUUUGCGAUAAUAUUCCACGUCCCGUACGCAUCAUAUCAUCUGACAAUCAAAUGAACUUAGAAAUGAUGGUGCUUGGUCAAUAUGCAACGCAACAUUAUUUCAAAUAUCCGAAUACACUCUUUACGGCAAAUUAUGAGUUUGUGCAUCCGCCUUUAUGUGGUGAUAUUACUCUCGGCCCAAAGGCAGAUGGUGAAUUGGUAUUUCCGCAUAAAAAUGCAUUCGGCUUACCACUUACUGGCACACCACAGAAGAAUGUUAAAUGUAUAUGGGAAUUGAAAGUUUCGGCGCAACGUGAUUUAUGGUUGAGUAUUGAUAAGGCGAAAUUUGGCAUUUAUGGAAGUUGUGAAAUUGGAAAAAUUGAAGUAUAUCUUGCUGGUCGCUUAGAGCCACGAUUUAUUGUUUGUCCAGAGAAUGCUACAAUGGCAAAAGAUUUGCCUAUAUUAUCAGCCGCAGAGCUUGGUGCUCUUGAUAACAUAAAUGAUGAUCCACUGCCAGUUAUCAUUCAAUAUACAGGAGAUAAUCGUUUUCCUGGAAAGAGUGCUUUCCGUUUAGUAUGGACAGAGCUUUUCCAUUUACCAAGAAAUGCAGAUGGCACACUCACAAGUGGAACACAAAUGUUGAGAAGUCCUUGUGACUUUGUUUGUCCUGGAAAUCCUACAAUUUGUUUACCUAAACAUUUAUUAUGUAAUGGUAUUGUCAAUUGUCCAAAUGCGUCAAAAACAAAUAAUAAUGAUCAAAGAUCGAUGGAAUCAAUAAUCACAAAUAUCGAAGAGACAUUACAGACAUAUGGAAUAUUUAAUUUAAAAAAUGUACAUUUAUUAAACGAUGAAUCUCCUGAAAUUUGUCGACACAGUCAUAUUGAAAAUGAUUAUGAAUAUGAUGAAUAUGCAAAUGUUAAAUGGGCAUUAGUUGUUGCUGGAUCAUGUUUUGUUGUCGUUAUGUUUAUUGCUGUUUUAUAUAAAAUGUGUAAAAAGCGCACAAAAAGUCAAUGAGAACGAAUUUUUGAAUGAGACGAAGCAGUUUAUUUUCUUUAGAACUUAUAUCCAAAAUCAAUUACCUUCACUAUCCGAGCAUUUUUUUAAUUAUUUGAUUAUUUUUUUUUGUUUUUUGGUUAAGGACGUAGAACACCAAAAAAAUAAAAGAUCUCAAAAAAUAACAAAAUUCAAUGUGGUUUUUUCAAAAUGUGUGGUUUUCAUUCAUAGAUAUAAACUAUAUUUAUGAUGAGCUCAAUAUGAAAUUUAGCAAAAUUGAAAAAUAUCGAUUUCGAGCAGUGGUUGUUAAGCUAAACGACGCGACAAACUUUAUGUUACGGUACACAAAAUAUGCAAGAUUUUAAAUAUUAGUGAAUUUAAAGAUUUUCAGAAAACAAUAGUUUGAGAAGCACUUAUUUGAAGCAAAAAUAAAUAAUAUCAGCUAGCAGACAUUUUUUUUUUAUUUGGUAGGGUAAACUGGUUUAAAUCAGUUUGAAAAAUUCGUGAAAGAUCAAUGACUUUCAAUGCUAUGAUAAAAAUUUAUGUUAUAAAAUGAAGGUUUCAAAUAUACCAGCAUAUCCAUUUCGAUGAUUUCUGAUUAUUUAUGUAUGCAAACGUAGCAAAACUAAAUCAUUGAAGCUUCAAUUAAAGAAUCAAAUAAAAAAUAAUCAAUGCAUUAUUUUCAAAAUUCAUUCACUGAAAGCAGUGUCACUUCACAGAAAACAGUAAUUGAAAAAGCUCAGAAUACUAAAAUAUAUACAACAAUAUUCAAAAAGCAAGCAAUGUCACCGCACAUGUUUCACUACAUCCGAAUCUCUGAAACGCAUCUUAAUAGAAAAGCUUUUGCUAAUUUCAUUUGAAUAAAUUUUUGAUUAUCAUAUUUUUUUCCCUAAACACAGUUACAACCUGAUUUCAGUGUUCUCGAGCUUGUCAAAUUUAUAUUCAUGAAAAUAUUUAUUAUGUAUGAAGACGAUAGCAGGAAGAGAAUUGAUCAAUUUCCAAACAAAUAAUUUUGAGGAAGCAAGUUUAGAUGAAAAUACCGUUUAUUUGAUAAGCAUCGUCAUCUCAAGCUACCAAGGAUAAAAUUGGAGGAAAAGAGACUAUAAAUAAACCUCCACCCACCCAACGAUCUUUAUUCGAAAUAGGAAAAAGAGACGAAAACCUUUUCUGCUUUUAAAUAAUUUAUAGGCGCGUUCCUUGUGUUGAAACACUUUUCAAAAACAAAUCGCUUCAAUAAAACCGACCUAAUCCCUACAAUUUGUGUAUUGUGUUCACAAUUAAAUUAAAUUAAAUUUAAUAUCUGAUGAAUAAUUUUUUCGGGUGUGCUUUUGCUCCAACUAUAUGAAAACACAUAGCAUAAUUAAAAAAUUGACGUAAGGCAAUGAAUUUUUAAAAUCUUUAUAAACAUUUGUUGUUCAGAGCUUGCGACGUUAAAUAAAAAUUGAAGCAGAAAAAAAGGUCAAAAAAUCUAUACAGCAAGUGAAUUUUUUUAGGGGAGAAGCAUGAAAAGUUGCUUAAGCUGAUUUUCUUCUCUACUUAUGGCAUAACACAACAGUAUAAAAAUUUAUUUAAAUAUUUGCUACGAAGGCCGGUUGUUUUCGGUCUCGAGAGUGCGAGAAAAAUAACAUAAAAAAGCUUUCCUAUUCAAUUAUGUAUAUUUAUUUUGAUUUUUAGUUCCUUUUAUUUUUCCUCGUUCUCAACUCGAAAAUGUGAAUAUAUACGUACGAUGAAAAAAUAUAAAUUUCAAUUCCCAUAGUUUUUUUUAUUCAUUUCAGGCAAAAUAAUAGUAUAAAAUGAAAUAAAAAAUAGAAAAGUAAAAUAAAAUUUUGCCUGAGUUGAAAAUUAUUCCUUUCUCUUAAAUUAAUAUUAAUUAUCCUAUAAUUUACAUUAUUUCUUCUCUCUCAUUUAACCUUUUUCAAUACGAUAAGUUAACUGGGUUGUGAAUGAAAGAAACAAAAAGGAUGAAAUUUUUCAAGUUAUGCUAAAUUUUUGUUUUUAUCAUAUUGUACAUUUCAUCAUUAAUGAUUACUUUUGUUACUGGUUGAGGAGUCUUAAAUUUUUGUCUGAUAGCUGAUGUGGAAUAAUUAAAGAAAUUAUACAGUUAAAUUUUCAAUGAGACAUAAAACAGUGAAUAACUUAAAUUUUCAUGGUCCCUUAAAUUCAGAUGAAAUCAUCGCGAGUUUGAUUUUUGUAUUAAAAAUGAAAAUAUCCAUUAAAAAAAUAAAACUGAAAAGUUUUUAUUCUUCAAAGAAGAAAUUAUACGAAGCCAAUCUUUCUUUCAAUCUGCAACAAAACUGACUAAAAACACAAUACAAAAAGUAAGGCGGUAAAAAAUUUAGACCUUUAAACCUACCUGACAUGUGUGUAUUGUAGCUAGAAGCAAAACUAUAAUUUUAUAUGUAAAUUUUUUCACUUCAAUAUCCUAAAAGCAUUAGUAUUAUUUUAUAGUUGAUAACAAUGGGCGGUGAGAAAAAGUUUCGCAUAGCUUUAUUUACAGAAAGAAAAAAUUGGCAAAAUAUGCUAAGCCUUUUUCAAUGAACAAAAUCCACGACGAAGGAGCAAAAAGGUGAAUUUGAAAAAGUAAAUCCCCAUUCUUUUGAUUUUUUUAUACUUUGUGUAUCUAAAGCCAACAUAAGCCACAUUUGGAUAUAAUGCUACAUCAUUGAGAUCGAUAAAUUGAUUUUUGCACAAGCACAAAGGAUAAGGAGAAAAAAAUGAAAAAUCAUCUCAUUUAAUCUCAAAUUAUAAGGAUAUAUGUUGUACAUUUUUUGUGUUGUCCUUAUUCGAAUGGAAUAUAUGAGAUAAAUACAUACAAAAAGGAACCCAAGAAAUUAAUAUCGAAAAAAUAAGAUCUAAAAGCAAAUAACGAUGAUGAUGAUGAAAAACUGCUCUUGAUAUUCAGCACACACCAAAUAUUUAAUACAUAAGCAAAAAAGUCAACAAUACAUGAAAUAAGAAAAAAAAAAUUCUGAAGGAUACGAAUGAAAAGAUGUAAUUAGUUGUUAGUUCAAUAAUUCAUUUUUUUCUUCUUUUUAUUUCGUUCCUUGUUGUUAUUUGUCUUCUGGAAAAAGAAACGUGAAGAUAAUGCUAAAUUUAUGAGAUAAUACUAAAAUUUUGUUUAAGACAGAACGAAAAAGUUUAUAAAAGGAACAGAAAAAGCAAGAAGAGAUUAAAUGAAAAGAAAAGAAAAACUAUGAAAAUUCUGAAAAAAUUAUAUCCUAAGUAAAAAAGUUUGUAGAAUAAAUAAAAAAAAAAAUUAAGACGAAGAAUUAUUGUCUUAUUGAUCAAGAUCAUAAAAUAGAACGAAUAAUAAUAGAAAUCCAAUAUAAUGGUUAAUUAUUGAUAAAACAUGGUAA